UUCUAUUCGCAGUUAGUCAUCUUUGCAUAGCGUAGAGUUACGCAUUGUGUAUGAUAAACUCUUGUACGAUAUUCAGAGAUAUUCUACUCUGACAGGAGGGCACAAUUUUGAACGAUAACAUUUUUAUAAAGCAACGUAAAAAGAACGUAAACAUAUUCGAAAAUGGUGGUGACGCACGGGUUGAUCUUAUUACUGAUGAUUCCCCAGUUCUUCUCAAGUCGAGUAGUCGAGAUCGGUGGUAACGACGAAAAUAUCGACAACGCCUUAAUCAAAACCGCAGAGACUCGAAGCCCAACCUGCAAUGGGGACGAUAGCCUCAUACUUUCGAAUUUAAAUUACACAGAAAUUCCAAUCGAUCUCAUUAGGAACGGCACCAUUAGACAAAUAAAUUUAGAAGGCAACAAAAUAAGGGACAUAUCCGCCGACAAAUUCAAUGGCGUUCCAAAUUUAGAAUGCUUGAAUCUGGCAUCCAACGAGAUUACAUUAAGCCAAGUACUAAGUUUGAAAAAUAUGAGUGCGAGAACUUUGGUCCUGGAUGAUCUGAGUGUACCGAUCAAGGACAAGUUAGGCAACGAGGGAGGGUACUUUCCCAAUGUGGAAAAUCUUUCCUUGAAUAAGAUCAAUCGUUUUGCUGUUACAACUUCUUUCAAAGAUAUGUUUCCUCGGCUUGAUAGAUUAUUUUUGAUGCAGAUUCCUAAUAUCCAAGCAGCGUUCGAUUUUGUCACAGAAUAUCUACCGGGCACAUUACGGCACUUGCAUUUACAGAACAGCGGGUUAGAUAGUCUUAAUUUGUAUAGCGUGGGCAACCUACAGUCUUUAUAUCUCGACGGAAACAAUCUUAGGGACGGCUUUAGAAUAGCAGGGGACGCUAACAAUCUACAAGUUGUAUCGUUAAGAAGAUGUGGUUUUACUGCAAAUUACAUAAAAGUGUUCUUUCCAUAUUCUCGACAUGCUUUAACGUUUCUCGAUUUAUCCGAGAAUCUGAUGGAUUAUCUACCUAUAAACAUGCUCGAACGGGCUAUCAAUCUUGAGACAUUGGGUCUGAGUAAAAACGAGUUCACGCAAAUACCAGACCUUAAAAGGCAAUCGCGACUACGCAUAUUGUUGUUGAGCUACAACAAUAUAAGCCUCCCAAGUCAGAUGGCGGACUUGCUACCAACUUCCUUAAGAAUACUGAGUCUUCGAGGCAAUAAUAUAACUUCUAUCGGUGAAAAAACGUUUGAGAAACUUACUGAACUCGAAGAGCUCGAUUUGUCAGAAAACAAACUGGCACUUCUGCCUCCUACGUGGACACACGAUUUGAAGAAUCUCAAACGCUUACUUUUAAACUCGAAUAUGUUCAAGCAUUUUGCAGACAUAUCGUUGACACCAGCUUUAAGUAAUUUGCAGAACGUGUAUGUGGCACGAAAUACAAUGACAGAGAUCUCCGAACGUGAAUGGUCUACGAUACCUGAAAAUACUACAGUCCAUAUGUAAAACAGUGUUUCUUAUCUAAAAUGCAGGAAGUUUUUAACUCGAACUCGUCUUCCACCUCCUUCGCCAGCCAUAAAUUCUGCAUUUUCUUUCUUCCUCCAACCAGUACCUCCCACCUUUCAUCUCUCCACCUAUCCUAAAAUUCACUGCCCUUUUCCAUCUAUGUUUCAUUUGCCCUUUCAUUAAAUUCACAGGCAUUCUCUUGCCUUUUACCACUUGUUGCACCUCGAUUUUCUUAUUUUCUCCCAUCUUUCCUUUUCCUGUAUCAUUCUCUCCCUCUCCACCAGCAUGAUAUAAUUGUCCUGUUCCACAAUACCAAAAUGUGCCUCUCCCGAAAUCAUUCAACUUUACAGCGUCCUUAUAGCAUGUGGAGUCCACUUCAGGAAUAGAUUCUACACAUGAAAAUAAUAAAACGCAUCCAUAUCCAACAUUGUUCUUGAAUUAUGGUGAGUUUCUUCUUCAACACACCGUACUUGCUCGUCUUCAAGGUAAAUGUUCGAAAUGAGCUCCUUAUAUUUAAACACAAGCCUGGGAACGUUUACCCUUUCCAUUUGUUCAAAACGCCUUCAGCGGUGCGUUCAAUUACAAAGAGCUCAUUUCGAAUAUUUGUCGUGAAGAUUAGCAAAUACGAUAUGUUAAAGAAGAAACUCGUCCCCAUAACUCGAAAGCAAAAUCGAAUAAGACAUAUAUUUAUAUAAAGAUUUUUUCAUUGUUUUUAUGUGUAGAAUCUAUUCCUGAAGUGGAUCCCACAUUCUAAGGGGCACUCUGGAUAUAAACAUUCUUUGCUAGAUAUAAUAAUAAUGAUAAAAAUUGAGGUGGUAAUAUCUGUUUACUAAUAUUGGACAUAUAAGUAGUGUGCAAAACGUACAAUUUUACUUUGGAUUUUACGAUUUUGUAUUUAGAACGCCGUAUCUUAGCACAGAAUUAUCUAAAACGAAUAACAUUUUGGAUUUGGGAGCUUUAAAAUCGUCUCAGUUUAUAGCAAACCAAACUUUCUCAAUAUAUAUUAAACUUAAGAAAUUGAAUUUUGGCUAUGGAACGCUGCUUGGCAUCUUUGUCUAUGAAUAUCGAAAAAUCAACAAGAGAUUAAGCCGUAAUUAAUUUAGCUUUUAAAUUGAGAAACUUUUUAUGUUAUCUACUAAUUAUAUUUUUAACAAUGUCUCGUCUUACUUAAAGAACUAAAAAAAUUAAAACGUGACACUUAUAACAAUAUGUCGUUAUUCCGUAAAAAAUAAUGAAGUCGUCAAUAUGGUUUUUGCUUUUUUUUUCAUUUUAUGUAAGUAUAGUUAUCAGCUUAAUUAUAAGAUAUGUAUCCGGCAUGUAUUUAACACAUAUUAGAUUUUGUUCGGUUGUUUGCACGCUAUUAAAUGGAAAAAAUAAGGCAAAAGCUAACAAAAUAAAAAUGUUACCACAUAACUGAACACUUAGAAAGUAUCCAGUAUGCAGCAUCACUUCUUUCUUGUAUCUCAUAAGUACUGGUUGCCCGUAAAAUAUAUAACCCCUUUUUCAACACCUUGUAAAUUAUAUAGCAUCAAUAAUAUAAAUGAUUUAAUAAAUAAUUGAACAACAAUCUAUGACAAGUUCGUUUAUUAUAUCAUUAUUUUGUAUUAGGAAUUAUUACAAAUGUAUAAAUGUUAAUAAUUUAUGAGAGAUAUUAAAAGAGUUUAGAGAA